AAAGUGGCUAACUGGCACGAAGGGAAUGUCUGUUAAAUCCUGAGAAUGGGUAAUUAUGCUGAAGGUGAUAUCCUUUUUCCACUUGGAAUGGGUAGAAACGGUUUAAAGGCAGAAAAUGCUAGAUGGCCUAAUGGUAUUAUCCCUUACAUGAUCAGUCCUUACUUUGACGAGAGACAACGUAAACUCACUGAUGCUAUGGAGGAAUAUCGCAAAUAUACGUGCAUCAAGUUCAAGCCGUAUAUCGGCGAGGAAAGCGAUUACAUUAGAAUUACAGCAGGUACUACCGGUUGCUGGAGUAGCGUAGGUAAAAUUGGUGGGCGGCAAGACGUAAAUCUUCAGGUACCGGGAUGCGUAACCAAAAUAGGUACCCGUUUUCAUGAAUUGAUGCACGCUGUUGGUUUUUUUCAUGAACAGAGUAGAUACGAACGAGGAUAUAGUACUAUAAAAUGGAACAACAUCAUGAGUGGUAAAUGGAAAUAAGAAAAGCUUCGAGGAGAAAUUACCGAUGCAUUUGGUGUUGGCUAUGAUUAUGGCAGCGUGAUGCAUUACUCUGCCUAUGCGUUUUCCAAAAAUGGAGAACCUACUAUAGUACCAAAAGAACCUGGCGGUCUUUUGGGUCUUAUCGGAGAAAUCUUCCAGGGUAAAACAAAAGUUGAACUUGGACAACGGGAGGGACUUAGUAAACGAGAUAUUCAAAAAAUUCGCAAAAUGUACCAUUGCAACAAACGUAGGCGUAGUCAUAAUUGAUUUUUUUUCUUUUUCUUUACUAUCACGAUUUGCAUAAUUUCUAAAAUGGAUUCACAAUCUUUUUAUUUUUUAAAUGAUACGAUCAUAUGAGCAUCUAGUCCGUAGAAUUAGAUCAUAGAUCUCAGGUAUAGUUUUAAGUUGGCACGUGUUUAAUAGAAAAAUAUUAUAUUUACUUAAUCGUUUUUCUUGUGUAUUAUGUACUUUAC